AUGGACAUUCCAACCAACCAGCCCAAUCCACCCUCUAAUACAACCAAUUCCACUGCUACCUCCACUGCCGCCGCCGCUGCCGCUGCUGCUGUGGCUGCUGACGAAGACGCUAUACGUCAACAGAAAUUAGUUGAAGAGUUCCAAUAUCUUUUGGAAAAAAGCCAAAGUUUAUUUAGCGGCCUCAGAGAUUUACCACCUACUGGCAGCCAUCGUCAAUGGAGACCGUACUUUGAAAAGACGUUUGAAGUUUACACAAAGUUGUGGAGGUUUCAACAAGCACAUAGGCCUAUUCUAGAAAACAAGAAUAACUAUGGACUCAAACGAUGGGAAGUAGGAGAGAUCGCAAGCAAGGUUGGUCAGCUUUACUACCAUUACUAUCUUAGAACUAGUGAAACCAAUUAUCUGCAUGAGGCAUAUGUAUUUUACGAAGCCGUUCAUGAAAGACAGUAUUUCAAAGACAUAUUGGAAGUGAAAAACCCUGCCUUGAUGAUCAAGAAACUGCGCUAUUAUGCCCGAUUUAUUGUCGUCUGCUUGCUACUCAAUAAGGAUGAUACAAUUCGGAUGCUCACGAGUGAACUUGAGGGGCUUGUAGAAGAAUAUGCAAAAAGUUUCAAGCCGCCGGAUGCAAAAGAAUGGCAGUUGGUGUUAGACGAAAUAACGACAUUUAUGGAGGCGGAAAAGAAGCUUGUUCCUAUUCGAGGGGAUCGAACUCCUGUAGCUAUAAUUCAUCGUCUUUUGCCAAGCCCCAGGGAAAAAGAAACUGGCCGUCAAAGACUUAGAUUACAAGAAGCUAUCCUAGUUGGAAACUAUCAAAAGCAGAUCAAAUUUUCCGAGCUCACCUUGGACAUGUAUCGCAUGUUACAGUCACUCGAGCGCCAGCCGGUCCAAAAGACUAUUCGAUCCAAUACUAGAUCCAUGGAUCAGUACUCACUCGCAAACGAGAAGAAAGAAAAAGAUGAAGGUCUUGCAGCACCGACUGCUGCACGAACUACCAUAGCCCAGAAUACAAAUCAGAAUCAGCUUUCUGUUCCUUCUGAAAAGGCCAUAAAGCGUACAAACCCACACAAAUAUCUUCUAUAUCGCCCUCCGCUGAGCCAAUUGAUGGUCUAUAUCGCCACGGCUUACAAGGAUGUUGGAGAAAAUUCGGCUCUUUUACUUUACUUGUCAGCAGAUGGCUGUACCUACCCUGAGAUGCGGAUGCCAUUGUACAGUGGUGGAGUUACAACUGCCCAACGUAAAGCGACUGCUGACCGUGUAGAUACUGCGCUGUCUAUCCAUUGUUUGAAUCCGGCUGAUCUAUUACCAUUUACACGCAAACCAUUAUUCUUGAUUGUUGACAGUGACAAUAGCGUGGCAUUUAAGAAUAUGCCAAAUUUGUUUGACCAGCCCGUGAUGUGCCUUUUAUCCCCUAUUGAAUAUCCUUCGUCUGUACAGGACAAAAGUGAAAUCGGAAGUCUUUUCACCUUAUUUCUUCACACUCCCCUUCUUGGAUUCUGUUCUAUUUCUGAUAUUGGUAAUCUCGAUCAAGACAAAUGGGAUCAAUGUGUAGCCAUAAUUACAAGUAUGGAACGAAAGAUAGGUGAAAGCCUAAUAGCUGAGACAGGUCUAGAUCCUUUCAUUAAACGAUUCAUGUCCGAUGAGUUCUUGUGGACCUUUAUAGUACGAUUUGUUUUGUGCAGUAUUAUUUUGCGAUGUCACUCUUCAUUCAAGGAUGACAAGUCUUUCCCAACGUCUUCUCCUGCAUUGCCGGAAAGUAUUUAUGUGUCUCCGGAAAUUCUUCUUAUGUUUCAUGGCCUGACUAUGGAGGCAGAUGUCAGGACAUACUUCACUCUUCCUAUAUCAACACCUCCUCCCCCUCCUACUGAGGCCUAA